GCUGACUGCUUUGUCCAAAGUACGGGACCAGAUUUGAAUGGUACCGACACAUAUAUCCAGAUCCCUGACUAUAAUCGUCAGCAUGAGUAAAAGAAAAGAGUUCAUCUGGCGGAUCGCAGUCUUUAGCACACCCACUACAGCUCCCGCAUUCCGAUCUGAUACGGCAUCAGAGCUUCCCGCCGGUCCACCGCGACCUUUCAACUGGAAUCGGUCACGAACCAUCGAGCUCAUAGCCAGUGGAGUUCGUUUCAGCCUACAGGUACGAGGAUACGGCCCUCUGCGAGGUACUUUUUCUUGCAUAUUCACUUAAAGCUGGAUUCCGGCCUUCUUUGUCCCUUGCUUCCUUAUAUUCCACCUGCUCCAGAGUACUCCUACUCGAGUUCCCCUUACCUCGUUCUCGAUAUAUUCACUUCUCAGACCAGCUCCUAGCGAAUUCACUUCAGAAUGUCUGGCACCAUGAUCCUGAAUUUGCAGGCGUGCGAUCCCAAACAGGACGCUGCUCCCAGCCACGGAGGCCAGCCUCUGACCUCCUCCUUGCAAUCCUCGAUGCGUCGGUUGCGAAACCUGCUGAAGGAUCGGAAUGCUGUCACUCUCGAUGGAGAGUCGUUAGACCUAAGCUCGACUGUUGCUGUGGCACGGUUUGGUUGCAAUGCAUCCUUCUCGGGCAAUGGCUACGCCGCUCAGCGCAUGAGCACGAGCGUCGACCAGUUGGAUCAGAAGCUGAAGAACAAUGAGAUGGUCUACGGUGUUACAACUGGCUACGGAGGAAGCGCAGACACCCGUACCGACAGCUAUGUGGAUUUGCAAAGAGCCCUCAUUCAGCAUCAAAGCGCGGCCAUCCUGCUGCCCAGUGACAGAGGCCUUCUCCAGUCAUCGUCUUUCGUGGACAGCUUGAAAAGCCAUGCCAUUCCCGUGCCCAUUGUCCGGGCUGCCAUGUUGACACGCUGCAAUUCCCUCCUCCGAGGCCACUCCGCUGUCCGGCCCGACGUGGUACGGCACCUUCUGACCCUCCUGGAGAAAGAGAUGACGCCUGUCGUUCCACUGCGUGGCAGUAUCUCAGCAUGUGGUGACUUGAUGCCACUGUCGUACGUGGCCGGUGCACUGGAAGGGAACCCAGAUAUUUCAGUCAAUUGCGGCAAGGAUCAGGGCUAUCGCGUUCUUCCGGCCGAUCAAGCGCUGGCACUGGCCGGCCUGAAGCCCCUCGAGCUGCAGGCCAAGGAGGGUCUGGGGAUUCUGAACGGAACGGCCUUUAGCGCUGGUGCUGCCAGCUUGGUUCUUUUCGAGGCCAACCAACUCAUCCUGCUCUCCCAAGUCCUGACCGCGAUGGGCACGGAGGCCUUGCUUGGCAAGCGCGGAAACUACGACCCAUUCAUCGCCAUCGCACGUCCCCAUCCGGGGCAGAAAGAAGUGGCCGCCAACAUCUUCAACUUCCUCUCCGACUCCAAGCUCGUGUCGGAGGCAGACCCUGGCAAGAUUGGCACAGCGCAGGAUUCCCACGUUUUAGCGCAAGACCGUUAUGCGCUGCGCACAUCGUCGCAGUGGAUCGGUCCUCAGCUCGAGGACCUGGCCCUGGCAUUGAAGCAAGUGGAGGUUGAGCUUAACUCGACCACUGAUAAUCCGCUGGUCGACCCUGACAGCGCAGAGGUGCAUCACGGUGGCAACUUCCAAGCCGCGUCGGUGACUUCCGCGAUGGAGAAGACGAUGGGCGCGCUGCAGAUGAUCGGAAAGAUGGUGUUCUCGCAGUGCACGGAGAUGAUCAACCCCGCAUUGAACAAGGGGUUGACGCCUAACCUCUGCGUGGAUGAUCCGAGUCUGUCGUAUACCAUGAAGGGCGUGGACAUCAACAUGGCGGGGUACAUGUCGGAGCUGGCCUACCUUGCGCACCCGGUGAGCAACUACGUCCAGUCGGCGGAGAUGCACAACCAGGGCUUGAACUCGCUGGCCUUGAUCGCUGCGCGAUACACAGGUGACGCAGUGGAAGUGCUCUCCAUCAUGUCCGCUGCGUAUUUGUACGUGCUGUGCCAAGCGCUGGACCUCCGCGCCCUACACCUCGAAUUCGUCAAGCAGGCUCACCAGGAAAUCAAACGGGUUACCAAAGACCUCUGCGGACCGACGGUCAGCCAGAUCGUCGACGGAUCGCUCUGGGAGGAGAUCAUGGGACACUGGGGCCGCACUAGCUCCCGGAACCUCGCAGAUCGGGCCGACGUGGCCGCCACGACGUCGAUGGGCUUGCUGUUGUCGCUUAUCAGCCAGCACGGGACUGCCGAUGUUCACCCUGAGUAUGCCGAUCUGAAUGACGUGGCCAAGGCGCUGAAGUGGAAGGAGUUGAUUGUCGCGGUUUUGACAGAGACAUACAGUGGGGUUCGCGAGUCUUUCCUCCGCGAGCGGACCACUGAGCAAUACCUCUGCCAUGCGUCGAAGUCUAUGUACAGCGUCGUUCGGGAGACGCUGAACGUCCCGAUCCACCGGGGUAUCGUCGACCAUGCUACCAAGGAAUCUGGAGACGGGCGCAGUCGCACAGACAAACCACUGAUCGGAUCACACAUCAGCAAGAUUUACACAGCGCUGCGAGCAGGCGAACUCCAAGAUGCUCUCUUGAAUUGUUUCGAGUAAUUACCACAAUUCAUAGACUUAGACUGCCAUUGUUACUUUUUGCCAUAGUCUAGAUAGACCGAGUAAUGAUAUCCAAUCAACCAUUCUUCUUAAUCUUGUACCGCGACACCCGCGAUCCAUCGCUCAACC